AUGGCACCUGCAGCUCCUUUCAACCCACCCUCCGCAGAUCUAGCGGGCAAACCCUACGUAUCAGAAUGGGUUCCUCCUCCAGUGACUCAGGAAAAGCACAACUUCGCUGAACUGAAGUCAAUUGACUUGUCAUUGCUGGAUUCAGAGGACCCUGCAGUCGUUGAGAACCUCAUCCAGCAGGUGAAGGUUGCUAUCCGGGACGAUGGGUUCUUGUUUCUCGAAAAUUAUGGUGUCUCUCUAGAGCAGCUUCAUCGCCAAUUCUCUCUGGCACAGUACAUGUACAAAAAUAUCAGCGAUCAGGACAAGCAGCGCCUAUUGUUCCACCCUGAUACUGGCAAUUGGUCGGGUUACAAGCACCCUUACGGGUUCAAACGUCACCGUGGCCCUGCUGAUGGUAUCGAACAAUUUAACUGGUAUACCCCCGACUGGGAGGACAUUGAGAACCGGGUUCCCAACUGCUUGCACCCCUUCAUGGACGAGAUUGAGGCAUUUUCCAAUUAUUUGACAAAGUCAGUAAACAGACGGCUUCUCACACUUUUCUCUCGGGUCCUUGAGCUGCCCGAUGACUAUCUCUGGGAUAAUGUACAGUCACACGGUAGUCCAACUGGUGAAGGCUACUUUCGACAUGCAUUAUUCCGACCGGUGAAGAAGGAGACCCAAGAGGCGUCCAACGGCCUCCGUAUGCACGGUCACACCGACUUUGGCCUGACAACUUUACUCUUCUCUGUUCCUAUUUCUUGCCUUCAGAUCUGGGGUCACGAUGAGAAGUGGUAUUAUGUCCCUUACAAGCCAGGCGCAUUGGUGAUUAAUAUUGGCGAUACUUUGGAGAUCGUGUCCGGUGGACACUUCAAGGCUACUCGACACAGAGUAUACAAGCCACCUGUUGACCAGCUGAAUGAAGAGCGUUUGUCGCUGGUGCUUUUCAACAGCUCUGUCGGUAACCUGCGGAUGGCUCCCGCAUCAGACUCGCCUCUCAUCCAAAGGGAAGGCUGCGUUGAAGAGCAGGGCGUCUACAAGGAGUUUAAGAGACUCACCGACGAAGGACGACUUGUUCCAACCAACCGUGAGUGGAGAGAGAUCCAAAUCGCCACAUGCACUGACCCAACGGAUACGGUCAACAACCGGGUGGGUGCUCACCAAAGUAUUGUUGAUGGCAAGGUGAUGCAUCAGCGCGAAUAUAUGGGAGUCAAGGUCGUUCUUCCUGUCUAG